AUGACAAACAAGGACGUAGCAGCUUCAGCUUUAACGUCGCCUGCGCAAGAGCAACAAGAGCCCGAGACGAGCCCACACCCUCUGCAGCCCGACGUAGAGGAGCCGCUAGUCAAGAAGCGCCGCACUAAGAACUUCCAGUUGCGCGAGGACCUGGCCAAGUCUCGAGGCUCCGUCACAGUCCAUGUGCCCGCUUUUGAGCCCCUAACGUUCGACACAUGGGACGCGUUUAUCCAGGCGUGGAAUGGCUACAUGACGCGUACGAAAACCAUGUACCGCCGCCGCAGCUCGUCCACCACCACGUACUGGAAUAACAAGCACAAAUUCAAGAAAUACCCGGUGCCCGAGGACUUUAAGUACGCCACGAUGGCCUAUUGGUGCACACAUGGCUGCAUCCAGCCGUCCCGCGGCAAUGGGGUGCGUACCCAUCUGCACAACCGGUACACAGGCUGUUCAGCCCGCAUCACGGCCGACGUGGUGUUCGAAGUAGUGGACGGAGAGCCCAAUCGCGUCCGUUGGCUCGUGCGAGUGCGCAACCAGAUCUCGCAGCACAACCAUCGGAUCAGCGACGAGAUCUACAACUGCUAUACCAACAACAGCUCCGUGCCUGACGAACUGCUGCUAGGCUCGGAAUCUGAGCAGAAGCUAGAGGUGCAGGGGGACGACACUGCUUACGAGCCGUCGGCGCGCAUUCUGACGGAGCUGGAUCCGACGGCUGUGGAUGCAGGGUUUACGACCAGAGGUUCUUCGGAGUCGAAGAUGAGUGCCAAGGCAGCUGUGAUCAACACGCCAUCUGCAGCUGUGUCUGGGUUUAUGCUGAAGGAGGCGCUGGCGAACGAUCACAAGAUGAACAUGGCAGCUUCGGAGAUGCAGCCGCUUUUGGAGGAGCUGCGAAACACGCCGUCGCGCGUGAUUCACAAGCGCUUGCAGGAUGUGGCGGAGAUGGUCGCGCACUUGCAAGCGAAGUGGCACCAGGACCGCAUCGCUGAGGAAGCGGCGCAAGCUCAUGCAGUACCGAUUGCGUUAGCAGCUGAACAAACUGCAGCUACGCCAAGUGAAGCACUAGGCAAGGCUAACGCGAUCCCUUCAAUCACCAGUCUGCCUCCAGGUGCCGCGUACUAUUUGACGCCACGUGUGGGGCAAGUCGCAACGGAAACGGGUCGCAUAGGUUCAACGCCAGCCAGUGCCGACAGUAGGUCUGGCGAUGAAACAGCUUCUGAGGCUGUGUAUUAA